GUCAAGCUGUCAGCUGAAGUAGAACCAUUUAUUCCUCAGAAGAAGGGUCCAGAAACACUAAUGAUCCCAAUGGCACUUCCUAAUGACAGCGGAGGAAUUAAUGGCAUGGAACCAACUCCUAUCCCUAGCUACCUGAUCACUUGCUAUCCAUUUGUACAGGAAAACCAAUCCAAUAGACAGUUUCCGUUAUACAACAAUGACAUCAGAUGGCAGCAACCCAACCCAAAUCCUGCAGGACCAUACCUUGCUUAUCCUAUAAUAUCUGCGCAACCACCUGUUUCUACAGAAUAUACAUAUUAUCAGCUGAUGCCAGCACCAUGUGCUCAGGUCAUGGGUUUCUAUCAUCCUUUCCCCACCCCCUAUUCUGCACCCUUUCAAACAGCGAAUGCUGUAAAUACAGUUACUACAGAAUGCACUGAGCGUCCCAGCCCCUCGGGCCAGGUCUUUCCAUUAUCCAGUCAGCGGAGCAGAAGCGGUAACAGGGGACCAGUCAUACAAAAACAACAGCAGUUACAGACGCACAUAAAAAAUAAACGUCCUCCAGUGAAAAAUGUUGCCACUCAAAAGGAGACUAGUUCAUCAGGUCCUGAGAACAGAUCAAAGAUUGUUUUGUUGGUUGAUGCAUCACAGCAAACAGACUUUCCUUCAGAUAUAGCUAAUAAGUCACUUUCUGAGAGCGCCUCUACAAUGCUUUGGAAAUCAAAAGGCAGGCGCAGAAGAGCUUCUCACCCUGCUGCAGAGUCCUCUAGUGAACAGGGCGCAAGUGAAGCAGACAUUGACAGUGACAGUGGCUAUUGUAGUCCCAAGCAUGGCAAUAACCAGGCUGCAGCCGUGACUUCAAGAAAUACAGAUUCUUGUGCAAUGAAUGUUGUAGAACCAUCAAUAAAUACAAAUGGCACUUCUCUUUCAGCUGGUGUAAGUUGGACUAAUGUAAAUUCCCAAGCAACUCAAAAAAAACCUUGGAUUGAAAAAACUCAGACAUUUUCUAGAGGUGGAAGACAAGCUGAGCAAAGAAAUAGUUCACAGCCUGGUUUCAGAUGCAGAGACCACAGCACAUCUUCAGAAAGAAGGCAGAAUUUGCAGAAACGACAUGAAAAACCUCUAGCCACAAGCCAGUCAAGUAGAACAGAGCAGAGUCCUGAACCUCUGUAUUUUGAGGAUGAAGAUGAAUUUCCAGAGCUAAACAGUGAGAAUGGCAGCAGCAAAAGUAGUAACAUCCAGCAAAAGAUUUCACCCAAAGUGCUGGAUGACUUACCUGAGAAUUCUCCAAUCAAUAUAGUCCAAACUCCAAUUCCCAUUACAACCUCUGUACCAAAGCGUGCAAAAAGUCAGAAGAAGAAAGCCUUGGCAGCAGCACUUGCAACAGCUCAAGAGUAUUCGGAGAUAAGCAUGGAACAGAAAAAACUUCAAGAGGCUUUAUCAAAAGCAGCUGGAAAGAAGAGCAAGACCCCUGUUCAGUUAGAUUUGGGAGACAUGUUAGCAGCUCUUGAAAAGCAGCAGCAAGCAAUGAAAGCUCGUCAGAUCACCAACACCAGGCCUCUCUCUUACACAGUUGGCAGUGCUGCUCCCUUUCAUACCAAAGAAUCUGCCAACAGAAAGUCCUUAACAAAGGGACAGCCAUCUACGGGUUGCCUUAAUCCUUUGGAUUCAACUGCCCCAAAAGUGAAAAGAGGAAAAGAAAGAGAGAUUGCAAAACUGAAACGCCCUACAGCGCUUAAAAAGAUUAUUUUGAAAGAGAGAGAAGAGAAGAAAGGCCGUUUAUCAGCUGACCAUAGCCUUUUGGGAUCUGAUGAACAGAAAGAGGUUCAUAUUAACUUGACUGCUGAUCAGUCUCAGGAGCUGGCCUCUCAAGAAGAAACUGGACUAAGUAUGCCUAGUGACACUUCACUUUCACCAGCAAGUCAGAAUUCUCCAUACUGCAUGACCCCAGUAUCACAAGGUUCACCUGCUAGUUCUGGAAUAGGCAGUCCAAUGGCAUCUUCUGCAAUAACCAAAAUUCACAGCAAGAGAUUCAGAGAAUACUGCAACCAAGUUCUAAGUAAAGAAAUAGAUGAGUGUGUGACUCUCUUAUUGCAAGAGCUUGUCAGCUUCCAGGAACGGAUUUAUCAAAAGGAUCCCAUGAGAGCUAAAGCAAGGAGAAGACUUGUUAUGGGGUUGCGUGAGGUUACUAAGCAUAUGAAACUAAACAAGAUCAAGUGUGUAAUCAUAUCUCCCAACUGCGAAAAAAUCCAGUCAAAAGGUGGACUAGAUGAGGCUCUAUAUAACGUAAUAGCCAUGGCACGGGAACAAGAAAUUCCUUUUGUCUUUGCUCUUGGCCGUAAAGCUCUUGGCCGUUGUGUGAACAAGCUGGUUCCUGUCAGUGUAGUGGGUAUCUUCAACUACUCAGGUGCUGAGGACCUGUUUAAUAAGCUGGUAUCACUGACUGAAGAGGCCAGAAAAGCAUACAGAGAUAUGGUUGCUGCAAUGGAACAGGAGCAGGCAGAAGAAGCCUUGAAGAAUGUCAAGAAGGCACCCCAUCAUAUGGGUCAUUCUCGUAACCCCUCUGCAGCAAGUGCUAUCUCUUUCUGUAGUGUUAUUUCUGAACCCAUAUCUGAAGUGAAUGAGAAAGAAUAUGAAACAAACUGGAGAAAUAUGGUGGAAACAUCUGAUGGGUUAGAAACCUCUGAAAAUGAGAGAGAAUCCUCAUGUAAGACUGCGGUACCAGAAAAAGCUGGUAAUGGUCAAAUUGAAAAAGCCGCUCUUAAUAAACAACCACCUCUAGCUACAACUGGCACUACCUCAGCAACAAAUCAUGGAAAAACCACACCAGGUGACAAAGAUGAGGUGAAACCAGAUGACAAUCUGGAAUGGGCCUCACAGCAGAGUACAGAAACAGGAUCACUGGAUGGCAGCUGCCGAGAUCUUUUGAAUUCCUCCAUGACCAGUACCACCAGUACUCUUGUACCAGGAAUGCUAGAAGAGGAGGAGGAGGAGGAGGAAGAUGAUGAUGAUGAGGAUUAUGCCCAUGAACCAAUUUCUGUAGAGGUUCAGCUUAAUAGCAGAAUUGAAUCUUGGGUUUCAGAGACCCAGAGAACUAUGGAGACUCUUCAGCUUGGGAAGACCCUUAGUGGUGCUGAAGAAGACAAUGCAGAACAAAGUGAAGAGGAAGAACUAGAGACUUCUGAGCAGGCUGAUCCAGUCACUGAUGGUGAGGAAUGGACAAAUGAUAAGCACGCGAGUAACACUCAACAUAAACCCACCAUCUGCAGUUCUGUGAAUAAAGAACACACAGAUUCCAUCUAUAUGCCGUAAAAAUAAGCAGGAACUCAGGAACUUUUUAGAAAUUAUAUUAAAACUAACUAUUGUAAAGGUUGCAGCCAUUAUUUCGUAUGC